UUUGGUCCUCUGAGAACGAAGGGCAACAACCAGCCAACCAACUAAUGAAGUGAUGGCGGAGUUAAGUGAGACUUUCAAAGAUGGGAGACACUUGGGUGUUUCCAGAAAACCUGACCACUUCGGACAGCUCCUCUCUGUAAGUCUCCCGGACAAGGUGGAUCUGGACGGGUAGAGCGCGGUGCGGAGCGCCCGGAAACCAGCAGAUUGUUUUCUGAAAAUGGAUUCAAAAUUCUGCCAUGUGUUCUUCACACUCUCUGCAUUAACAAUUUCAGUCACAUUUUCCUACCACCAAGAGGAGCAGAAAGUUCUGCUAGUUUCUUUUGAUGGAUUCCGUUGGGAUUACAUCUACAGAGUCCCCACACCCAAUUUUGAUUAUAUCAAGGAGCAUGGUGUCUAUGUCAAGCAAGUUACUAAUGUUUUUGUUACAACAACUUAUCCUAAUCACUAUACUUUGGUGACUGGUCUCUACCCAGAGAGUCAUGGUAUAAUUGCCAAUGACAUGUAUGACUCUGUCCGGAACAAAACCUUCUCCUUGGAGCACUUGGAAAUCUAUGAUUCAGAAUUUUGGGAAGAUGCAACUCCAAUAUGGAUUACAAAUCAAAAAGCAGGCCAUGAGACAGGUGCUGCAAUGUGGCCUGGGACAGAUGUGAAAAUACAUGGAGAAUUUCCUACUUAUUAUAUGCCUUACAAUCAGUCUGUUUCAUUUGAAGACCGAGUCACAAAAAUUAUUGAAUGGUUUAAAUUAGAGAAAUCCAUAAAUUUUGCUCUUCUUUACUGGGAAGAUCCUGAUGAGAUGGGUCACAAUUUAGGGCCAGACAAUCCACUCAUGGACUCUGUCAUUUCUGAUAUUGACAGUAAGAUAGGAUAUCUCAUCAAAGAGCUGAUGAAAGAAAAGCUGUGGAAUACCGUGAACCUAAUUAUCACAAGUGAUCAUGGAAUGACACAGUGUUCUGGGGAAAGGAUCAUAGAACUUGACCACUAUAUCAAUCCAAAUGACUAUUUCCUGAUAGACAAUUCACCAGUGAGAGGCAUUUUGCCAAAAAAAGGUAAAUUGGACAAGAUUUAUGCAGCACUGACUAAUGCUCAUCCUAAUCUGACUGUUUAUAAAAAGGAGGACAUUCCAGAAAGAUUUCAUUACAAGCACCAUCACAGAAUUCAACCCAUUUUGAUAAUGGCUGACGAAGGAUGGACCAUUAUACAGAAUAGAUCUAAUACAUUCAUGUUAGGUAAUCAUGGUUACGAUAAUGAAUUUUCUGAUAUGCAUCCAUUGUUCUUGGCCCAUGGUCCUACUUUCAAGAAGAAUAUUUCAAAGAAUUCCAUGAACUCGACAGAUUUGUAUCCACUUCUGUGCCAUAUUCUUAACAUUCCUCCAAUGCCACACAAUGGAUCACUGGCAAACGUAAAGGAACUGCUUUCUGAAACAGUUCCCACAGUGGUUCCCCAUAGUAUGAUGACUCCACAGAGCAAUGUGAACCUAAGGAUUUAUAAACUGCAGUCAUAUGCAUACUUUAUGGGAGUUUUCCUCGGUAGCAUGAUAGUCAUUGUGUUUUUAAUAGUAUUUAUUAAACACUUAACUCAUAGUCAAAUGCCCACCAUACAAGAGCGGAAUGUUGAAAUAGCUCAACCAUUGCUGUGGUCCUAAGAUUGCUUUAGAAUAAAUAUCUUUGUAGUUAUAUAGUUGUUGUUUUAAAAUAUAAAGUCUUAUUCCAGGAAACCAACUUCAGAAUUUCCACAGAAAGAACAAACAGCGCUUUUACACACACAUACACUCACACACACACACACAACCAUAUAUGUACUACACACACACAUACAUACAUACAUGACAUAAAAGUUCACAGUGCUGUUUACCUGCAUGAGAUUAACAAUAUAACUAAGAGCAUGUCUUAACUUUAUUCUUUAGCCUUGGAGGAGAUUAAUAUCCAAUGUUAGGUGAACUGGAGAUGAAUUAGACAUGUGGUGACUUUUAAUCCGUAUAGAUACCUCACUUGUAAUUAUUCUUAAAAGAAAAUUAGUUUUAUUUUUAAAAUUUAAAAAUUUCAAUGCACUUUAUAGAUUACUGAGCCCCAACAUUUAGUCAACUGAUAAAAAAAAAGUUCAUCAUACCCAUAACUAGCAGAUGCUGCAUUUCCCUGUUAUAAGAACAUAUGAUUAUUUGCCCACAAGAGAGAUGCAGAGGUUGCUUCAUAAUUACAUAAUACAUCUCCUUAUAAGUUAGGAGACCUAGAAUAAGUGAAAGUUUUCCUUAGCUAACUGGGGCUAUCUUUAUAUCAAAAGAACAGAAGCAAUUGCCUCUGUCGAUGCAUUUCAUCAUAGGUUUUCAAAAGCACAUGAUCCUCAUUCCACUUUUAGAAAAUGCUCCAUAUGAAAGAGUAACUGGCAAAGUUACUUCAAAAGCAUUUCUUUUCAUUAUAAACUAAUUUUUACAUUUACCACAUAAUAGUCUCACUGAAUACUUUCACAAUUUCAACACCAAGUUCACUAUAGUCUCUUUUUCUUAUUAAAAUAUAUAGAUAAGCUAAGGGGAACUAAGUAUUCUCAAGUUCCAGCUUUUUUGACCUUGUUUUUGGAGCAUUUGAUUUUUAAAAAAAUAUUACUAUCACAACCAGUACACAAAGGUUAUGAUAUAAUCAAUAAACUAAUGUAGUAUUACUAUGCUUAGAGACCCCUGUCUCUAUGGCAUAAUGGAUAGGGAACUACUUGAAGUCCAAAAGUGAUGUGUACUGGCAGUGUGACCCAGGGCACCUCACUAAACUUCUCAAACACCUUUUUCUGGGGAUUCAGUUUAAAUAACUUUUUUUUAAAACCUAAGUAAAAACUAUAGUGACUUCAUCAUAAAAUAUAUGCAACAUUUUACACCUGUAUCAUUCUCCUUCUGUUAAAGAAAAAAAGAGAAUAUUUUUCUCCCUCCCAUUUCUAACCCAUUAAAAAACAAACAAACAAACAAACAAAUUUCUUAUAACAUACACACUCAAGCAAAACAUUGUUUCAUUAUCUAUAAAUAAAAAUGUACUUAUGACUCAUUCUAUACAAUCUCUUUAAUGGAUAAUAUAUUUCAUGACUGGUCCUCUGGAAUCAUGAAUGGUCAUUGUAUGGAUUGUAGUUUGGUAAAUUUUCUUUGGCUUAAAAAGUUGCCUGUUUUUUAGAGUUAUUGUCAUGGUAGAAAAUGAUUCUCUUCUUUUUUUGCUCAUUUCACUCUUCAAUAACUUUGAAAAGUUCUUAAAACUUUUCACUCUCCAAUAUCUUAAGUUGUGGAGAAGUUGCCUACCUGCAAUGCUUGAGGGAGUUUGCUUAUUAGAUAGUUCCUUUUAUCAGGGAAAUCCUAGAUCCUGUUUCUGUCCCCUAACAUUACAAUCAGUAUUGAUCAAAUAUUUUUCUUUAUAAGACCCUAAUAACAAAACAAAAAAAGCAACCUUAUGAAGUAGUGAGGAUUGUCUUAAAGACUGCUUCAGAAUACAUGUUAAAGUUGUAAGCACCAUGAGUCAGUAACUGGCAAUAUUUAAAUUUGCAUUUAGGAUUAUAUGCUCAAUAAAUUAUUGUUGAGAUAAAUGGACCAGCAAUUUAAAGCUUUUAAAGAAAAACAUUGCCACUUUUAAGAAUUUUUGCAAUAUGGACUGGGAUCAUCUAUUUCAUUUAUACAAGACAUUAAGUAAACUUCUGCAGUAUAUGUAAGGUACUUUGCUAAGUGCUGGGGAGGAAGAGAAUCAUAGGUGAAUUGGUGUAAGGAAUGUUUCUCUUCAUCUCCAUUUAAUAAUUGUUAUGUGCCAAAUGUCAACCCAGUCCCUCUUAUUCCCAACUGUAUUUUAGCAUAAAAAUAUACUUUUAGGACAUUUCUUAAAGUGCUCAAAAGGCUUCUCAGAGGGAAAAGUGAAUAUUAGGAAAGAAAGGUUUGGUUUUGUUUUUUCUCUUAACUAAUGGGAGAUUGUUAUUUCUUUUAAUAGAUAAAUUCUUUAAAAUACGUCAGAAAAUUUUUACAUAUAAAUUGAUAGUUAUUUUUACUAAUGAUUAACAAAACUAUAUACUGUGAUAAGCAUCCAAGAAUGGUAAGAAAUGUGAAAUUAAAAGAAAAAGUUGCAUAGCAUAUGACUACAACUGCACUUUAAUGCUUUCUAAGGCAAUGUGAACAAAUCAUGUUAGAUAAUACUACUAAUACUUAUUAACACCUGAGUUGUUUUAUAUAAUAAAUGAUGGUAUCUAGACUGAUUACAUAUUUAUAAACCUCUUUAAGUUGUGAAACGUGAUACUGAUAUUUAAUACUAAGAAAUUUAGAACCUGGGUCUGUUAUCUCAGAAAAUGUAUGUAUCAAUGUUGACACUUCAUUUUCCAACUUCUCUGUAAUAUUGGGAUGUUGCUAUGUGGAUGAUACAGUUAGUAUAUAAUGGCUUUGAAGAUCACAUGCCUGAGUUUUUCUUUCUUUUCUUUUUCUGUAAAUCCAAGUAUGAUGAAAACAGUUUUUUCCCCUCAUUCUAAAAGUUGCUAAUAUUGUAAACAAGCGCAUAGCAAAAAUUAUUUAAUAAUAAAAACUUAAUCUUGUAAUAAUUCCAUUAAAAUUAAGAUUCUUAUAUAGA